CACACUCAACACUUUCCACUAUUAUUGUUACUGUAUUAUUAUUUUAAUUAUUAUAAAUUUACCAUUACAUCCGUUCGCUCCACUGCACUUUCUCUACCAGAUCCAAGAUCUGAUUCCUUCUCAGCCUAGCUGCAGGCUGUUGUUCAUUUCUUUAUCUCAAGCUAAUUUAAACGCGCGCGAUUGUUGAAUUCAAUCAUGUCAAGGAGACAAGUGAGUUCUACGCGCCGAUUAGUUGACAGUGGAAGCUUCCCCUUCUCCGGAGCUUUACAUUCGAAAUCGCGUUCUUCUCCCGUCUUAUCCGUUGCUCUUGUUCUUCUGGGCGCCUUCCUUCUUUUCGUUUAUGCGUUCAGUGGCUCGGGUGUUUUUGGGGGUGCCAGAGAAACUGUUACUAGAGUCGAAGGUGACUUUUCUUGCACAUCAGAAGUUCAUGGAGCCUUACCUAUUCUAAAGAAGGCAUAUGGUGAUAGCAUGCACAGAGUUUUGCAUGUGGGCCCUGAUACUUGUUCUGUAGUCUCUGCGUUGUUGAAAGAAGAGGAAACUGAAGCGUGGGGUGUGGAACCUUAUGACAUAGAAGAUGCAGAUGCAAGAUGCUCAAGCCUUGUACACAAAGGCCUUGUGCGUGUGGCUGAUAUCAAGUUCCCUCUGCCAUACCGAGCAAAGUCAUUUUCUCUUGUUAUUGUGUCAGAUGCUCUAGAUUACUUAUCUCCAAAAUACCUGAACAAGACACUUCCAGAUUUGGCAAGGGUGGCUGCUGAUGGUGUUGUUAUUUUCGCAGGUAACAUGUGAACCACCUUAUGAAAUUUAAUUCAAAUACACUGACAAAACACAUGCGUGCAUGUGUAUAGACAUCAUUGAACUGGCAAUAAAAUCUGUUAAGAAGUUUAGCUCUUCCCUCUCUUGCACAUGAGAAUGCACGAGAUGCCAGUUAAGUGAGUAACUUAAC